AUGCGCUCCCUGAUCGCCGGCUCGAUGCGCUCUGCGCUCGCCAGCGAAUCGGUUGCGAUGAACCCCACCAAACCAUCGGCGGGGAAAAAGAGAGGCCGAAGGAAGAUCCCCGUAGCAGCUUCCGACGACGGCGGUGCGUCAUCCUCCAGCACCGAGGUGCCGGAAAAGACCAUGGCCGUCGAGGAGGUGGCUCCGGUGAUUUCGGGGCCUGCCGCGUCGAAAGACACGAUGCCCGCACCCCAGUGGGCACCAGUGAGGAGGAGGGGCGCAGUGUCACCGGCGACGUCGGUGGAGUCGAUGUCGACGUCGGCCGCGUCCCUGGCUAGCGGGGACGAGGCAUUCCGCGACCUCGACCAUGCCCUGGUCAAUCUGGCUAAGUUGCUGUCGACCGUGGCUGCCAAGGGCGCCGAGCCAGGCAGCAGCUACCGGAAGAGGCUCCGGGAGGGAGCCGCUAUGGUUAGGACGAAGCUGAUCCCUACCAUGUCCAAACUCGUAGCGCAGCUUGACUCCAGGGAGAGUCGCAUUCUGGGGGACUCCCCAGCCUUGCGAGAGGGGACUCCCUUGUCGCCGAUGCCUGCGCCGGCACGCUCUGAGCCACCCGUGAGGAAGAUGGACACCAGCGCGCCUUCGCGGGCUGGGAUGAGUGUGGCGGCGCUCAUGCCAGCGCCCACUUCUGUGGCCCCUGUUCCGCGCGUGCCUACUCCCGCGCUCCCUCGCCCCCCUCGGAGGGUUGAGUUAAGGCCUGCGCCGCCUUCCCGGAUAUCGGCCGCCCCUGCAUCCAUACAGGCAGGAAGGUUAAGGACUGAGGACAUCCGCUCGCCGCUGGCGAGAAUGGUAGACGAGUGGCCGGCGCUGCCACGGCCCAGGUCUUCGGAGCCGCCUCUUUCGCCCCCACGUGCUGCAGGGUCGCAGAGGCCUUAUAACAUGGCUGCUGAAAUGGGGGGAGUGGAUCACGCCCUCCCAAGCAGACAGGAAAUGAUGGCCUGUAUCUCGCGGGCGGUGGCGGUUGAGGUCGGCAAACACUUGGCUGGCCUUGAGGAGAUGCUCCGCUCGUCGAUUGGUUCCAGAGAUUGCGUCCCUGUACCAACAGCCGCGACCGCCCCGCGGGACCAGGCCACCCAGCCGACCUCCACUUCUACCCCAUCCGCGAGGGUGGCACGACGUGGAAGCCGGAAUCAGCAUAACAGAGGUGCGGGCGCCCAGAAUCCUGCCCCGCGAUUCCAACCUCAGCCCCGUGUCCUUCCUCCCCCCCCGUCAAGCAUGGACGAGGGCUGGACGGAAGUGGUGAAGCGGGGCACCAAAAGAUUGCGACAGACAGCAGCUCUGGCAGCUCCCCAAGGGGGUCGAGCGCCGACUGCUGUUACCCGAAACACAGCGCUGGCGGCCGUGGCUGCUCCCCGCGAGGGUCGAGCACCGGCCGCUAGCAAGACCAAUAACAAGAAGAAGAAGCCGCGCGCAGCGGGGUCGGCUGCCGUUGUAGUGACGUUGCUGCCGGCCGCCAUCGAAAAGGGCCUCACGUAUAAUGAGGUUAUGGCCCGGGCGCGCGCGGCCGUAAGCUUGGAAGAAAUCGGGGCAGAGGAGGGCCUCCGCUUCCGGCACACAGCCAAUGGGGCGAAGCUAUUGGAGUGUCCCGCUCUCGCCAAGCCCGCCCAGCUUAACGACUACCGACUAAACCCCAACGAGCUCCUCCACUCCGGCUGGGCAGGGACCCAGGUACCGCCAUGUGCGCGCCAUAGGCCCGCCUUCGCCGGCUCCAACCCCAAUGUUACGUUGGGCGGGAUCUGCCACCGGGGACUUCUUCCCCCUCUCAUCUCCACGACUUGUGAGGGGCGCACCGGAGCCACAGCGCACCACCACCCCACAGGACCUUAG